AUGAUAAUAAUACAUUUGUUUUACCUUUUAUUAAUUUUUCAAACAAUAGUUGGUGAUAAUCGACUCAUUGAAGUAGCUCAAUCACCUGAUUAUCAAUGGAAUGGUGUUGCUUUAACAAAAACAAAUCGAAUAUUUGCUGCUUUUCCUCGAGCAACGGGUGAUGUUACUCUUUCUGUUGCUGAAAUUUUAUCUAAUAACAUAUUGAAACCAUAUCCUGGUGGUGACUGGAAUACAUUUAAUCCAAUAACAUCGUAUGACAAUCCUGAUAAACGUUUUGUUAAUAUUAAUGCUAUUUUAACUGAUACACAAAAUAAUCUUCGGGUUGUUGAUAGUGGAAUGGUUGGAAAUAAAACAUAUGUUAAUGGUUCAAAACUCAUCAAAAUUAAUUUAACUACAAAUAAAGUUGAACGAAUUUAUUCUACUUCAAACUUAAAUGCACCACCAGGAUUUGCUCUAAAUGAUGUUAGAAUAGGUUCUCAAUAUGCAUUUUUAACUGAGUCUGGUCUUGGAUCAGUAGUUAUUAUUGAUUUAGAAAGUGGUCAAGUACGUCGUGUACUUGAUCAACAUCCAUCAACUAAAUUUGCAUAUCCAACUGUUGUUCGAAUGGAAGGACGAGUUGUAUUAGAUACAAGUGGUAAACCAAAAAAAAUGCCAAAUAAUAAUCUUGAAUUAACACCUGAUGAAACUAUUCUUUACUAUAAACCUUCAUUUUCUUAUAAUUGGUUUCAAAUUUCAACUAACUAUUUAUUAGAUGAAUCAAUGAAUGAAGCUCAACUUGGUGAAAAAGUUUCUACGAGUUGGAAAACAAUGCCUACUGGUGGAACAACAAUGGAUGAUCAAGGUUUUAUUUAUUUAAUGGAUUUAGAAAGACAAGCAAUCUGGCAACAAAGUAUUCUUGAUGGUUCAUGGAAAUUAAUUGUACGUGAUGAAAGAAUUAUUUGGGGGGAUGCAUCUGAUGUCAGUCAAGAUGGAUACUUAUAUGUACCUAUGUCACAAAAUAAUAAUAUACCAUCGUUUAAUAAUGGAACAAAUCAAGUUAUUAAACCUUUUAAAAUGUAUAAAAUUAAAAUCAAUUCAGCUUAA